AUGAAAGUUACUCUAAUUAUCUCAAUUAUUUUAUAUCAAUACUUGUGUGCUGAUAAAUUGUUGUUUAUUUAAGCAAUGUGGAGACAUGGAUCAAGAACGCCUGUAAAUUGCAAUUGGAAUUGUGAAUACUUUCUAUAAAACGAUUUGUUGAAUGGCUACCUAACUCCUACAGGAAUGAGAUAACACUUUGUUCUAGGUCAAUGGAUGAGAAAGAGAUAUAUAACUGAGUUAUAAUUCCUAAGUGACACCUAUGAUGCCUCACAAAUCCUUGUCUACUCAACAGAUGUUAAUCGAACCAUAAUGAGUGCCAUGAGUAAUUUACAAGGGAUGUAUUCAAAUAAUGGACCGAAAGUACCCAAUGUCAAGGAUAGUUAUUUGAUUCCACCAAACCCAGGAGCCGAAACUCCAACUGAUAUUGGUUAAUCAGCCAUUUAACAUGAUAUCCAAGUACUACCCAUUCACAUGAAAGAAGCAAUAACUGAUGAUAGACUCUUAUCAAUACUUAUUUGUCCUAAAGGGUAUGAAAUGUUUGUCCAAAACAUGCAAACCAACUUAACUAUUGCUGUAAGUAUCAAAGCUUAAAGUACUUUGCUAUAAUUUUGUAAUGAAAUGAAUAUAGAUCCACUUGAAUUCAACAUAUUCACUCUCACAGAAUAUAUGGAUACAUUUUAUUCAUGUAUUUACAAUGAUUACCCAAUGCCCCCUAAUCUCACAAAAGAAACAUACCUUAAAGUUGACUCUCUCUAUGCCCUAACAAUUGCAUUAUAGCUCUAUUAAACUCAGCAGUAAACUAUUUAAUUAUUAAGAUAGCCAGGUCGAUGUCUUUUCUUCACCAUUUUUCGAAUCUUUACUCUCCUAUUUUGAUUCAGCAUUGACUUAAUAGGCAGAUAAAAAUCAAAAAUAUAUCAUUUAUUCAGCUCAUGACAUAAAUGUGUAAUUGAUUGCUUCAGCUUUAAAUUUUACAUCAGCCGAAUGCAUGGCUUAGGUUUACUUGGGCCAAGAAGUCAGUAACAAGAAUUGUAUUUACACUUAUCCUGGAUUUGCUUCUAACAUUAUUUGGGAAUUAUGGGAAGAGGAAUAGACCCAUGAUCAUUACAUUAAAGUUCUUUAUAAUGGCACUGAAAUGAACAUAUGCAAUACGGAUUCGAAGAAAUGUUCUUAUAAAAUCUUUAAAUAGUUGAUUGAAAAUUAGAGGAGAGAUUUCUAAAAAGAAUGCUCAGUUGAGAUUGAACCAAUUGUAAUUAAUUAAUUAAACAUAAAUUUUAGAUCGAAGAGAAAGUUCCUGUUUGGAUGAUAACAUUAUCUAUCAUAUUUCUAUUCAUUUUGUUCUCAAUGAUUUUAUAUAUUUUAUGCCUCAGCAAAAAAUUAAGGGAAAAUGGUAAAACUAAGUUAAAUGAAGAUAAAGAACCUUGA